AUGUCGGAUUUGCCGGACCUAUUGCGAAGAUCCUGCGAUGCCGGACACCGUUGCCACCUCCGGUUGAACCCGAAUGCGCACUCAAACCCACCUCCGGUCUUCGUGGUACGAACCAUUAAGAACAGGUUUCUUGUUAACGGUGUUUUUGAGGAACAUCUCACGGCCCAUGGACUUCUACCAUUUUCUAAGCCGACAUCGAGCAAGGAGAAGUUCACGUUAGACCCAUCUCUUCUAUCGGCCCUUGUUGAUCGUUGGAGACCUGAAACCCACACCUUCCACUUAAGUUGUGGGGAGCUGACUCCUACGCUAAAAGAUGUUUCCAUGAUCACAGCCCUGCCAAUCAAGGGUACUCCUUUGGUCCCUGCCGCGUAUUCUAGUAUUUGGCCGACUGUGGUACAGGACCGUCUUGGCGUGGGAAUGCCGGCUACGAGCCGCGGAGGGUCACGUCCAAGGGGGGUCCCUCUAAGCUGGUUGGUCAAUAAUUUUCAAGAGUUACCAGCUGAAGCAGAUGCUGCGAUCAUGAGCCGACAUCUUUUUGCCCCUAUAUACGGCUUUGGUUCCGCAAUGCUCGCGUAUACCUAUAGGGGGUUGUGUGAUGCAACAAAGAAAACCAGGGCAUCUUCAAAGGGACAUAUACUUGCUCCAUACAACCCAGAGCGUGUCAUGCGGCAGUUUGGUAAGCAUCAGGAUAUUCCACCACCAUCACCAAGACGCCUUGUUGCUGAUGUUCAUUUGUAA